GACGAAGAACUUCGUCUUAGGGCUCUAUACAGGGUAGCAAUCCAAAAUUUCGCGGAGCGAAAUGUAACGAAAAGAAAAUAAACGCGACUGCAAGAUUUGCAACAAUAAUAUCUCAACUCCUGUUCAACACACGUAAAAGUGGUACCCACCAAACGAAAGGGGAGAUUUCAAGCUUUCUUAAUAUACCUAAUUAAUGGCCAUGAAAUUUAGUUGAAGCACUUAAAAACUGAGUUUAAAUUAAUAAAACUGCUUCCACACAGCAAGCAAGCACGCACACAACACACACACGCGCACACUCUCUCUCUUGACUCCGCCCCCAAAGCCUUGCCUGCGUUUGGCCUUGACACAAUUUGGCGAUUUAUUCCUUUUGUGCUGCUGCUUCGUCAAACGCCAAAACGAUUUGAUAUAAAAGGAGGUGCCGAUACAAAAUCAAGUCAAAUCAAUUUUGGACGCCGACCUGGAAGGAGCUCCUGCUGCUGCUGAUUCGGGACCUGCUGCUGCUGAUUGCGGGACGGAACCAAGGAAGGACGCGCGGGGUGACGGAUUUCACAGCUCGGCGAGCUGCCUUCACCCCGCUCCCCCAAACCGGUGACGCCGACCCGGACGGAGCUCCUGAUGCAACAGCAGCAGCAGCAGCAGAGAACAAGAAAUGCACUCGGUGCAGCGGAGGAAGAAGCGGCCAAAGGAUGAAAAUCUGCGGGAGGAGAGGACGAAUCUGCGGGAGGAGACCACCGUGUUGCACACGAAGCCGCAGCAGUAGAGGCGCGGGAGCCAACACUUGUGCUUGCCGUAAUGGCCUACCACCAACCAACGGCCCUUUUCAGGGCCAAUAAUACCCUCACGAAAGAGUUAUUCUCGAAUAUUCAAAAAUCCUGGUAAUGUGGAAAAAGUAAAAUGAAGCACCCAGAAUAGUGUUCAAAAUGAAUUAAUUUUGUUACACUUGGAUGGGUUCUCUCUCUCUCUCUCUCUCUCUCUCUCUCUCUCUCUCUCUCUCUCUCUCUCUCUCUCUCUCUCUCUCUCUCUCUCUCUCUCUCUCUCUCCACGACUUCGAUUCCACGCCACGACUUCGAUUCGGUGGGCUUGGGACGCGACGGAGUGUGUGUUCGUAUGCACACGUCGCGGCCUCCAAAUGUGAUGCUAUAUUUCGUGCGCUGCGUUGAGCUUCCCGGUGAAGUUAAAACAGCCAGAUGCUUUAAAUGGCACUUUGCUGGCAGAAAUCCAUAACCAAGAGUUAUUUCUUAAAAUUGAAAAAAAAAUCAGCUUGCAUUCCCGCGAAAGUAGUAAAUGCUCGUCCUCACACACAUACACACUCCCCGUUUGAUGGUACACGCUGAUUGGGUUCUACGCGUCGAGUUUCCCUUCCGCGGACGUUCGAUUCAAGUACCUAAAAUCGUCUCGGACUUAGCAAAGUUUAAUCAACCCCGAGACCACUAAAUCGACCAAAGCGCGCUUAAAAUGGACGUCGGGCUGCCUCGGCAGCAGAUGUAGCCAGUUUUGGGACUUCAGAUAGUCCUUUCCACAAAAGAGCAAUCAAUUAGCGUUCAGAAUGUGCGUGCACACACAAACACACACCUGUUUGUUGGUACACGCUAAAUGGAACUUAACAACUGAGCUUCCCCUCCACGGACGGGACAUUCAAGUACCUAAAUAGCCCUCAAAAUUCUUUCUUAAAGAUAUCGUCCACCGUCGAAUGAGCGUUUGCAGAAGCAGCGGUCACCACCAGGGGACCUCAAAUCUGCGACGGUCAAAAAUUCAAGCAGCCCGAUUUCAAACCUGCGACGCUAGGCGUCAUAAUGCUUCAUAAUUUAAGCGCUCUGCAGAGCAGAAGUGAAAGUACAGUCGACUCUCUGGUUGUCAAUAUCCAAGGGACCGUCGAGGAAGAGAAUCAUCAGUUUACAGAACGACCCAGCUAUGGGAGAGAAACAUGGCAACGUCCAUCAAACAAAAACAAACUAAUGUCAAAUACCCUUCAAAGCUUCGUUUCGCCAAGAAAAAUGUCUAUGCAAGCCAUGAGAAAGUGAAAUUAUUGACAACCGGAAGAGAUUUUUAAUGCAAACAGAAUCCAAGGGACCGUCGAGGAAGAGAUCCUUCAAGCAAGGAAAAAUAUCGAGGAAUGAAGAUAAUUGAAGUAUGCAGAUUGAAGGGACUGAAGAAUUCAUCGAUAGAUGGAGAAUUAUUGAUAUCGAGAAGAUCGACAGCCAGAGAGUCGACUGUAAUAAAUUUCGACUUUUGAUUUUGCUUGCUUGCCACACACACAGCACAUGAUAAUUUCAACAUGCAAGUGGUUGCAGUGGUUUUUUAAAUGUUGUAAAUAUAAUGAUUAGGCUCAGUGAAAAUUUACGCAUAAUAAAUAAUGUUAACCUUAAUUUAGAAUUGACAAGAAUAACUCUUUCGUGAAUAUUUUUAUGGCCCUGAAAAGGGCCGUUUGAUUUUAUAUAAUUGAAGGAAAAGGAAAUAUUAAUUUCCAGCACAUUUAAUCCGAUCACCGCAGUUGUGCGGUCGGAUGAAAACGAAUGGAAUUCUGGGGGAAAUUAACAUUUCCGUCCGAGGGUCAAUGGGAGGCAGCCCAAAUAAUGGUGCAAAGUUGCCAUGUACAUCGUCCAUUCUGCUGGCUUUGCUCGCUGCUCGUUGUUUGCUGCUUCGUUCCGUUCGAAUGAGUUAAGAAUGGCUUGCAAAGCAAUCAUAUUUAUGCGCCAGAAUUGGGGACGCAUGAACCGCCUACGUCAAUGGAGACUCCACCCUCCAGCGCAAAAUCUGGCUCGCGCGAAAGUAUAAAAGAAAAAUCCCAACGCAGAAGCCUCUUCAUUCUAUCCGGACUACCGACGAGUGAAGGUCGAACCGCGGAGCAGCAGCAGCAGCAGCAGUACCAGCAGAGGAGAGCAGCAGAGAAGAAGAGCAACACCAGCAGAGGAGAGCAGCAGAGAAGAAGAGCAACUUCAAGUGUUCUUCACUCUCGUUCGGGCCAACAAGGAAGAAAAAGUAAAAGCUGAAAAACAGCCGGAACUGUCCCGGAUCAGUCGCGGAUUGCAUUGUAAAUCUGCCGGCACACCGCUUAUGAAUUCAAACGGCCCUUUUCAGGGCCAACAACACAAUCACGAAAGAGUUAUUCUUCAAAUCUAAAAUUGUUUUUGUGAAGGGGAGGUGGAAAUGCACUUACUAAUGAGAAGCAAAAUUGGCUCAAAAUGGGUAAAUGUUUCUAAUUCCUUUAAUUUACAUUUGAUUUUGCUGCUCGUCAUUUACUGUAACAAACACACAGACACACACAAACACAGUAAAAUUUGCAAGCCCACACACACACACACACACACACACACUCACUGUCUCAUCUACCGCAUUUUAUCUAAAUUUUAAAACAAAUCCAUGACUGAUUUCGGUCGCCUGAAGAAUGUGGACUGAGAAAGAAUAAAAUUAUAAAAUAUUUGACAAUUUUUUGCCUUGGCUCAAUUUUGCACACAAUCAAAGCUCUUGGAAAUUCUUUCCUUGCAAGUGGCAGGCAAAAUUGUUUGCAUUUGACGACAAAAAGCGACUAGCACAUCGCCCAAGCAAAACGACGAGUGGCGAGACAAAAUCACCUCACCUAAUGGAUGCUCGCAGAUUGAAACCGAGUCUCUGCAAAGCACUAAUACUUAUGCGCCCGAAUUGGGGACGUAUGAACCUCCUACGUCAAUCGAGACUCCACCCUCCAGCGCAAAAUCUGGGUCGCGCGAAAGUAUAAAAGAAAAAUCCCAGCGCAGAAGCCUCUUCAUUCUAUCCGGACUACCGACGAGUGAAGGUCGAACCGCGGAGCAGCAGCAGCAGCAACACCGACAGAGAAGAAGAGCAGCACCAGCAGAGCAGAGGGGAAGAGCAGCACCAGCAGAGGAGAGAAGAAGAGCACCGCUUAUAAAAUCAAACGGCCCUUUUCAGGGCCAACAAAACCCUCACGAAAGAGUGAUUCUUUAAUUUCAAAAUGAAUUGCCUGCCAAAAGGCCACAUGGUCGAUUUGUGUGUGUGUGUGUGUGUGUGUGUGUGUGUGUGUGUGUGUGUGUGUGAUUGUGUAUGUGUGUGUGUGUGAUUGUGUGUGUGUGAUUGUGUGUGUGUGAUUGUGUGUGUGUGUGUGUGUGUGUGUGUGUGUGUGUGUGUGUGUGUGUGUGUGUGUGUGUGUGUGUGUGUGUGUGUGUGUGUGUGUGUGUGUGUGUGUGUGUGUGUGUGUGUGUGUGUGUGUGUGUGUGUGUGUGUGUGUGUGUGUGUGUGUGUGUGUGUGUGUGUGAUUGUGUGUGAGGGAGAGAGAUGGGGGUAGAGAGAGAGGGAGGGAGAGAAAGAGAGGGAGAGAGUAUAUUUUUGCGCAACUAUAUAAGAAAUAUCGCCCGCAAAACUGCAAACACUUUGCUCUUGGCAUUCAGCUAGUGAGGAUGUCACGACACCUGGCGGCGAAAUACCUUGCGAGUCAUCGCAAGCGGAAGCGUGAGGAGAGAGAGAAGGAGAACAGAGUGGUGGCGCCACUGAGGCAAGCUGAGGAGACGAUUGCUGAUCGUGAUGAGGAGGGAGAGCAGGAGAUGGAGAAGGAGGAGGGAGAGCAGGAGAUGGAGGAGGAAGAGGAGAUCAAGGCACCGAAACCGCGGAGGCCUGCCAAGACGAGCGCUGAGCGCGUCAGGGAAUUCCGCCAGCGGAAGAAACUGAAAGCGCAAGAGGAGGCCGAGCGAGGAGGUACAGUAGCGGCCGGUAACCCAGCAGCAACUGUGAAUUUGGAGCCGAUGCCCGGCCCGAGCACGGGGCCAGUACGGUUCUACCCACGACCUGACCCGGUACAGAUUCCGUCGGGUUCUGGAAGGGGCACGUUCCAGGCCGAUUCCGAGACAUUUCUUGGUGAGUUUUUAGCAAAAAGUGAUAAACUGCAGAACAAAGAUUUGCUUUAAUUUUAUUGUCUAUUCUUUUAAGACAAGAUAACGCCAAACUGUGAAACCAAGAUUUUUAACUUUCGCUAAAUUCAACAAAAUUUUACAACUUAGCAAUAUAAUGCUGAUCAUGUUUGAAAGUUUUCACAUUGCAUGCACAAUUUGUGUUCUUGAAAUGAAUUUUCUCUGUAUAAAGCGGAUAUUUUAACGUAUGAAUAUGAAUUUAGUUGGCAGAAUAAUUUAAUUUUGUUCUUAAAACAAACACAGUUAAUAUAGCCAAUAAAAAUAAUCUGUUUUAGAGUUUUAGCAUGAGAUAGGCAUUUGUUCUACGCACUGUCUAACUUUGAAUUUUGGGUUUAAUAUUAUACAAUCAAAAGCAACUAUUUAGAUCUUCCUGUAUCUUACAGGAAUCGUACCGACUCGUUCCGCUCUGAACGAGUCCUCUCAGGUAUCAGUACCCAAUAGUCAGGGUAAGUCUGGGUAACUUAGGGAGGUCUUUCAAUAUUAUCCCCAAUUGUUUAAUGUUU